AUGGAAGAUCCCAAGUCAGUGGCGCCGAUUUCGAGGUCCAAGUCAACCUAUGUCGUCGAUUUCGAGCCGCCUGAAAAAGAGAGGAUACGGCUGAACACUCAACAUGGUGUCUUUGUGGAAAAUACUGGUCACCUGUUACCUCCUGCCAUCCCUGAUCAUGGGAAUUUGAAUGCUGUAGCUGAUAUUGCUACUGGGACCGGAAUAUGGCCGACUCAGCUAUCGGAAUUAUUGCCCUCGACGGUAAUCCUCCACGGCUUUGAUAUCACGGACCGCCUCUUCCCAGACCCUUCCACCAUUCGCAAAAACGUUAGUUUCUCGCUUCUCAAUGUCCUGGAACCAAUCUCGGAGACAUUGUACGAAAAGUAUGAUGUGGUUCAUAUCCGAGGACUAUCCUUCGUUCUGAAAACCGAAGAGUGGGAUGUAGUUGUGAAGAAUGUGGCAAAGAUUAUAAAACCCGGUGGCUACCUAGUCUGGAAUGAGACUAACCCCGGCAGCACGCAGGCUAUCCCGCCCACUAAGGUGGCUAGUCAAGGUGCGGCCCUUCUGGGAUACAUGUGUAAACUCCGAGGCGGCGAUCCAUUUUGUUGUAACUCCAUCCCGAACCAUCUUAAAAACAAUGGGUUUGUGAUAAUCCCGCCACCAGUACUAAAUACAAGUACAAGGCCUAUUCCGGAAUACGCGCCAGUUACUACACCGGCUGCUGAUACAAGGUUUUAUAUUCAUGUUGUUGGGGGCGAGUUUAAACCGGAGACGGUGGAAACGUGGAGUAGGAAUUAUGUUAGUGGAUUGUGUAGUAUCGUGUCUUAUAUGGCACAGAAUGAUGUUAGGAACGAAUGGUUUACACCGGAGACGGCGGGGGAGUUUGUAGAGGAGUUUUUGAAGGAGACUGGUGAGGGGGGCAGUAAGAUUUUCUUUGAUCUUAUUACUGUGAUUGGGAGGAAGAAGAUAUAG